AUGGUGGCCGGGGUUGCUUGGCAGCCCUGUCAGAGGUCAACGAAUGCAACCGCCACCUUUGCACCGGCGGAAGUGGACCCAUCGAUUGCGAAGUUGGACAGUGGGAAGAGUGGGGCCUUUGCAACAAAUGCGAUGGUGAAAGGACUCGAUUCCGCAACAUUUUGCGCGCAGCUCUCAGCCAUACUAGUAGCGUGCACUGGCCAGACCUUGCGAGACCAGUUGCAGCGGUGCUGCUUCUUGUAG